GCUUAAAAAUAUAACCUUAUCCACAUAUCCACAGGAGUCAGUACCAUGCAUAACUAUGGCGGAUCAUCCAACCAACACCCGCCAAAAGUCCCACUUAACGGUCAAUUUUCCUCAUCUCAAUUCUCAAAGAUCAUCUAUUUUCCUCCAAUGGAAAAACUUGUUCCUAAUGGUUUCUACUACUCCAAUCCAUUAUUGCAAACAUCUUUUACCAGGAAUCAUUCCGGAAUCCCUUCUCAAUCUAUUGGAAUCACUGCUGAUGCUUUAGCUGAUACUACAGUACUUUCUGUUCCUCUUCCCUCUUCGAAUUUGCAUCUUUCUCAUGUAUCUGAUUAUUUUGGUAAUCCUAGUAACAUUAAAUUCUUAAAUUUAGUUAAACAAAAGCAUGCCCAUGUGAUAAAAUUGCCCAAAAUGAGUAAUUCUGAUGAUAUUGUUUUGAAUUUGAUCACUUCUUAUCUGAAAUUUAGAGAUUUUGAAUCAGCUGUGAUGGUUUUUUUUCUGGGUUUUAAGAAAAAUUUUAUGUUGUGGAGGUUAUUUUUGGAGGAAUUCAAGAGUUUUGGAGGAAAACCAGUUGAAAUUCUCAAGGUUUUUAGUGAAUUACAUAGGAAAGGUGUAGAUUUUGAUAAUAAAAUUCUUACUGUUGUGUUGAAAAUUUCUGCAAUUUCGAUGAGUAAGUGGUUAGGUGUUGGAAUUCAUGGUUCUUUGAUCAAAAGAGGGCUUAAAAUGGAUGAUUAUGUGACCUCUGCAUUGAUGAACUUCUAUGGAAGAUGUUGGGGGACAGAGUAUGUAGAUAAUGUGUUUGAUGAAAUGCCUGAACGAGGAGUCUGGUUGUGGAAUGAAGCCAUUAUCGCGGCUCUUCAGAAUGAGAACCCUAGGAAGAGUCUAAAGAUUUUUCAAGAAAUGCAGUUUUUGUUUGUGAAAGCUGAUAGCUUAACAAUUGGCAAAGCACUACAAGCUUGUGCUAAAGGGGGAGAUAUUCAUAAAGGGAGGCAAAUUCAUGGGUAUACAUUUAGAAAUAACAUGAUAAAGGAUAUAGCAAUAUGCAAUUCUUUAAUCCACAUGUAUGGGAAGAAUAAUAAGAUAGAAUUAGCUAGAAAAGUAUUUGAUUCCAUGAAAAGCCGUAGUUUAUGUUCAUGGAACUCGAUGAUUUCGACUUAUGCUUCGCUCGGCUAUUUUGAUGAUGCAAUGGAAUUAUUCCAUUGGAUGAACUCUGACAAUGUUGAACCAGGCAAUGUAACAUGGAACUGCCUAUUGUCUAGUCAUUUGAAUCAUGGGCUAUAUCGAGAAGUUUUGACUGUUCUACGUGAUAUGGUGGUGGCGAAAUCAUUGCCAAGCCCGAGCUCUAUAAUCCCUGCUAUUCAAGCCAUUAGUGAAUUGAAUUGGAUAAAAUUGGGGAAAGAAAUACAUUGCUAUGUUCUUAGAAAGGCACUUGACUGUGAUUUGUAUGUGCAAACAACUUUAUUGGACAUGUAUGUCAAAUGUGAUGAAUUAAGUAAAGCUCAGGCAAUGUUUGACCUCAUAGAGACCAAGAAUAUUGUUGCAUGGAAUUCUUUAAUUUCGGGUUAUUCCUCGAAGGGUAUGUUGGAGGAUGCUCUGAGAUUGUUUUAUCAAAUGGAAGGUAAAGGUAUAGAACCGGAUAUUGUUACAUGGAACUCUCUACUUUUUGCCUAUUCUUUGAAGGGCCGCGUAAAGGAUGCAUUGCUUGUGAUAGAGAAAAUGAAGCUUUUGGGUGUGAAACCUAAUGUCGUGUCAUGGACUACUCUCAUAUCCGGUUGCUCCCAAAACGGGAAAUUCAAGGAUUCCGUAACUUUUUUCAAUCAAAUGAUGAAAGAUGGCAUAAACCCAAAUUUGCCUACUAUAUGUAGUUUACUCCAAGCUACUGCCGGUAUGUCUUGGUUACAAAAAGGUAAAGAGAUACAUAGUUGGUGCAUAAGAAAUGGGUUUGAGGAAGAUGUAUUAGUAGCCACCGCUCUUAUGUACGUGUAUAUCAAGUCAGGAAGUCUGUAUGGCGCUUCAGAAAUUUUCCGAAGGGUGAAAAAAAAGACCGUUGCGACUUGGAAUUGCAUGAUUAUGGGAUUUGCAGCGUACAACCAUGGAAACGAAGGAAUUAUGGUUUUCAAUGAAAUGUGUGAGAGGGAUAUUCAUCCUGAUGCCAUAACUUUCACCGCUCUCUUAUCGUGUUGCAAGAACUCGGCUUUGCUCGAUGAAGGAUGGAAAUAUUUUGAUCGAAUGAAGGGUGAUUAUAACAUUGUGCCUACCAUCGAGCACUACUCUUGCAUGGUUGACCUUCUAGGAAAAGCUGGGUAUCUUGAUGAAGCCAUGGAUUUCAUCAAAACAAUGCCUAUGGAACCCGAUGCUUCCAUUUGGGGUUCUAUUCUUCAUUCCUGUCGGAUUCAUAACAACUUGCAACUGGGGAAACUUGCAGCAAAAAAACUUUUCGAGCUAGAACCCAAUAACUCUGCUAAUUAUGUUAUACUGAUGAAUUUAUAUGCAAUCUCGAGCAGAUGGGAAGAUGUGCACUGCGUGAGAGAAGAGAUGACUGCUCGUGGACUGAGAAUUCAGCUUGGUUGGAGCUGGAUAGAGAUUUACCGCACGGUUCAUGAGUUCAACGAUUUAAAACCUCACCCGGACAUAGGAACCAUAUAUUUCGAGCUGUAUCAGCUGGUCGCUGAGAUGAAGAAAGCGGGUUAUAUUCCUGAUACCAAAUGCGUGUACCAAGAUAUCGAUGAUAACGAGAAAGAGAAGAUGUUGCUGUCUCAUACAGAAAAAUUAGCCAUUACUUAUGGGCUGAUAAAGACGAGGGAUAGUUCACUUAUCAGGGUGGUGAAGAGCACUAGAAUGUGUUCUGACUGUCACAUUGCUGCAAAAUUUAUUUCUUUAGUAAGAAAUCGCGAGAUUAUCCUCAAAGAUGGUGUUCGGUUUCAUCAUUUUCGAAGAGGAAGAUGCUCUUGCAACGACCGUUGGUAGUAAGGUGUGUAACUUGCCUAUCUUUCAUUUGUACUUAGUUAGGAUGUGUAGGACUUUAGUACAUAUGUAUUUAAUCAUCAAGAAUUAGAAUUACAGUAUAUAUUUUUGUAUCAGAACUAAUGUUACAUACACUGAUAUCUUAUACAGAGAUCAGUACAGUGUCAGUGAGUAUUGUAACUUGUAAGUAGAUUAUUGUGUCAUCUGUGAGCACAUAUUCAGCAUCAAGAUAUAUUUAGUCAUUAUGACUAGGAUAGCAAAAA